GUUGCUCUAAAAGUCGUUUUACUGGACCUUCAGUCUUCCCCUGACCGUAAUUGGAAAUUAGGGUUUCCGAGUAAGUAUGAAUCUCCGACUUCGAUCCUUUCAAUCUAAACCCUAACCAUUUGAUCCAAUCAGACUCCUGAUCAUUCUUCAUGGACAAAUCCAAUUCCUUCAAAGCCACCCAGAAUCCAUGGAGCGCCGAUUUCGGACUCGGCGCCACCGAUCGGAGAUUGGCGUUUUCCCGCCAAGCCUCGUUCCAGCAGUACCGCGAACCACCGCACACGCCUGUCUCCAUCAAUCUAAACGACUCCGAGGCCACGCCGUUUCUCUCCCGGAGCGUGUCGAGUAUAGACGUUCCGCCGGGGGCGUAUUUGACGGAGGAAAGCGACAAGCUUUUCGGGGACCGGAGCGUUUCGGCCGAGAAAUUGUCGGUUUUGUUGCUUUUCGAAUCGGUGUUUCGUAUCUUGAGGUCCGGAAACCGGUAUAUGAAGAGGUUGUUCUUGUUGAUUUCGCUUAAUGUGGCGUAUUCGACAGUGGAGUUAUUUAUUGGACUCUUCACGGGACGUAUAGGUUUGGUGUCGGAUUCCUUUCAUUUAAGUUUUGGUUGUGGCUUAUUAACGUUUUCAUUGUUCGCUAUGGCCGCUUCUCGAAAGAAACCGGAUGGAAUUUACACUUAUGGGUAUAAAAGGCUAGAAGUUUUGUCCGCUUUUACCAAUGCUCUGUUUCUUUUGUUUAUGUCAUUCUCAUUGGCCGUCGAAGCACUUCACGCAUUCAUACAGGAUGAAUCUGAACACAAGCAUUACUUGAUUGUUUCGGCUGUGACAAAUCUACUGGUGAACCUUAUUGGCGUUUGGUUCUUCAGAAAUUAUGCUCGUGUAAAUCUUGUUUAUAGAAAUGCAGAAGAUAUGAACAAUCACUCAGUUUGCCUGCAUGUUCUUGCAGAUUCAAUUCGCAGUGCAGGGGUGAUAUUGGCAUCCUGGUUUCUGUCUAUUGGGGUUCAGAAUGCAGAGGUUUUAUGUUUCGGAUUAGUUUCAGCUGCAGUUUUUAUGCUUGUAAUGCCAUUAUUUAGAGCGAGUGGUGGUAUUCUACUCCAAAUGGCACCACCGAAUGUUCCACCUUCAGCAUUGAGCAAAUGCUGGCGACAGAUUACUGCCCGUGAAGAUGUAUCUGAAGUUUCACAAGCACGGUUUUGGGAAUUGGUUCCUGGUCAUGUUGUUGGGUCGAUUUCAGUACAGGUGAAGAAAGGAAUAGACGAUCGCCCCAUUCUUCAAUAUGUGCACGGUUUGUACCAUGAUUUGGGAAUACAGGACUUGACAGUGCAAGCUGACAAUGUCUAAGAAUUUUUUUUUGGGUUGGUUUCUGCGUUGUUUGGUAGUUGGGUGAAGAUAGUAUUGGAUUCAUGUCUGAGAUGUCGAUUUGUCACAACUUUUUUCGUUUGAAACCAAAUUUCCGAUAUAAGAGGAAUUUAAUCGGAUCCGUGUCAUUGUAAUCAAAUAUUCUUCUCUUUUAUUCAAGAAAAGUAGUUGCGGCGGUGGCGGAGGUUUACGAUUC